AUCACAACUCCCUUUAUCACCAGUUUGAUAAGUAUCCAACAAUUUUAUCCCUAUACAAGAUGAAGUUCCUAUUCGUAGUAGCCCUAGUUGCCCUGGCCAUCCAACUGGCUUCCUCUGCUAGUACAACUACUACAACCACUACAACAACCACCGAUGCCACCGCUACAACAACCACCACCGAUGCCACCAACACGACGACAACCGACUCUUCCACCCCCAAGAAGCGUUGUUGGAAGGGCAACAACUGGUGCCACACCCGCAUCCCCAAGAAGAAGUGCAAGCACCCAAAGAGGUGCCACAAGACCAUCGACAUUGUGACCCAGGAUAUCCAAAUUUGAUAAAAUAAAACAACCAGUUACUACUUCAUGUA